AACGAGAAGGGGGGUGUCGCUGGGCGAGGGAGGGAGACACAGUGAUAGUGUGCAUGUGCGUGAGAGAGGAGGGUGCGAAAGACGGAUACAGAGAGAGACCGAGUUAGAGCGAGAGCAAGGUGCACACGUUGCUCAGCCUUCUCAUUGCAGCCGCGACAGGCAGCCAGAAAAGAGCUCCAAUCUAACCGGUGGCAGCAAUAGACUACUGAAAACACAGCUUGACCGAUCAAUAGACCUUUGCCAGAAACAUUGUGAGAGGGAGAAAGCUGCUCAAGGACCAGGGAGAAGCAGAUAAGGUGAAGAUCUAAAGGCAAUUACAACACCGGCUUCCAAAACUAGAAGACCACUGGGGACUUUGCAAUACAUCAGAGGGCGCAGAUUAUCCUUCUGUGUGGUGAGACAGGAAGAGCAUCAGCACUGGCACUUAAGUGCCGAUCAGAGGUCUAUUUGUGGAGUUGAUGAUCUCACCCUAGUGCCCGAGUUGUGAUGUGGGGGUGCACCAUGGCAAUACAAGGUUCAAUGGUGAGCCUGGCUUUACUGUUCUUUGGGAUUCAAGCUGUUCCUAACCCCACCAGCAAACUAGUGAGGACCACAAGGGUGAGGCGACAGGUUCCCGAAGGUGGGGUUCCCUCUAGCAACCAGACCCAGGCCAUGAUCUUCAAUCAUGUAUACAACAUCAAUGUACCUCUAGAGUCACUCUGUUCAGUGGACCUUGACACGGUACCAGGGCCAGGGUCAAACAAAGGUACAGCUGGGAGUGACAAGAUGCCAACAGAGUACACAGAAGAGACAGUGGACUCGGACAGCCAGGUGACCUUCACCCAUCGCAUCAAUAUCCCAAAGCAGGCCUGUGCUUGUCCUGCGGCUGCCGCCAUGGAACAGCUGGCUAGCCGUAUAGAGAUGCUGGAGAGGGAGGUGUCCUUGCUUCGAGCACAGUGUAGCUCCAGCUGCUGUGGAGAGAGCUCUGUUAUUGGUCACUUCGACUUCGUCCCUCAGUGUGGCCAUGGCACAUUCAGCAUGGAGGUUUGUGGGUGUGUUUGUGAAGAAGGAUGGAUUGGCAAGAACUGUUCUGAAGCCCGCUGCCCAGAUGACUGCUCUGGCCAGGGCAUUUGCAUCGAAGGCGGGUGUGUAUGUGACCGUAACUUUGGCGGUGAUAACUGCUCGGAGCCUCGAUGUCCAGGUGAUUGCUCAGACAGGGGGUUAUGCAUUGAUGGCGAGUGUGUUUGUGAGGAAGCCUAUGCUGGGGAGGACUGCUCACUGGGCAGAUGUCUGAACGACUGCUCAGAUCAAGGAACCUGUGUGAACGGAACCUGCCAGUGCCGACCCGGCUUCCUGGGGGAAGACUGCUCUCUCGUCUUCUGUGCUAAUAACUGCAGCCAGAAAGGGGUGUGUAAGGAUGGUUUCUGCGCCUGUCAAGAGGGAUAUACAGGAGAUGACUGUGCUUCAGUGUCACCUCCUAUGAAUCUGCAAGUUCGGGGUGUGUCAGAGAACACCAUUGAUCUGGAGUGGGAGGGGCCUGUGAUCCUGACAGACUAUCUCAUCACUUACGCCCCCACAACCCCUGGUGGAGUACAACUAGAGAUCAGAGUCCCAGGAAAUGUUACCAACACCACCCUCAAAGGAUUGGAGCCGGGUCUGGAGUACAACAUCAAUUUGUACGCCGUGAUCGACAACAUCAUCAGUGCCCCAAUGAACACCUUAGUCUCCACCUAUCUCUCGAAUCCAGACGGUUUACUCUUCAAAUCCAUCAUGGAGACGUCCGUGGAGGUUCAGUGGCAACCCUUAGACUACUUGUUUGAUGGUUGGGAAAUAAGCUUCAUUCCCAAGGACAAUGAUGGAGGGAUGACAGCACAACUACCUAGUACCAUCACGUCGUUCCACCAAACAGGGCUGCGGCCUGGGGAAGAAUACACUGUCAACCUUGUGGCCUUGAAAGACCAAGGAAGGAGCCAGCCUGUUACUGCAACCAUUAUCACAUUGAUCGAUGGGCCAACACCGCUUAUUGUACGAGAUGUCUCAGACACGGUUGCCUUUGUGGAGUGGAGCCCACCCAAGGCUAAAGUGGACCAGAUUAUAUUGCGGUAUGGGCUGGUAGGGGUGGAUGGACCAAAGACCACCUUUCGCCUGCAGUCUACUCUGAGCCAGUACUCCCUCCAAGUCCUGAGGCCUGGAUCCACAUAUGAAGUAUCAGUCAGUGGAGUCCGGAAUGGCACUGAGAGUGGAGCCAUUUCCACAGAGUUUACCACAGGUGAAAGAAAGCAUUGUUGUCAUUCAAUUUCAGGGUUCCGCCCUAUCACACAGCUCUUCUUCUCUGAUGUCACUUCUGAUUCAUUGACUGUGGCAUGGAGUGCACCGGCACCGCCUGCUGACGCAUUCAUCUUGAACUACAAUGCUCAGGACUCCAGUGAUGAUUCUGAGAUUGCUCUAGACGGAUCCAAAACCAGAAUCACCCUCACUGGUCUCCUGCCCUCCAGGCGGUACACUGUUACCUUGGUUACCAUGCAUGGCAAUGUGACCUCAAAGCCAGUUAUUGGCUCAGUCACAACAGGAAUGGACCCCCCCAGAGAUAUGACUGUGCAGUACGUCACAGAGGAAUCUGUAACCAUUUCAUGGAUUCAACCAUACGCACCCUUUGAUUACUACAAAAUGUCUUACCAAUCACCAAAAGGUAGGAUGGACAAUGUGGUGAUUGACAAUGAUGUCACCAACUACACCUUAACCAGCCUCCAUCCAGCAACGGAGUAUGAAAUCAAGCUGAACGCAGUGAGAGGAAGCCAAGAGAGCAAGGUCAUCACCACUACUGUCUUCACAGCUAUGGACAUGCCUAUGGACCUCACUGCAUUGAAUGUUACACCUCAGGGGGCUCUGCUACGUUGGAACCCCCCUGUUUCCAGUGUUGAUAACUACGUACUCACCCUCACCCGUAAUCAAGUUAUGGCAGACACCUUCUUAGUGGAGGGUAACAAGCAGGAGUACCAGCUGAGUCAGCUCAUCCCCAGCACCACCUACUCAGUGGCUCUUUAUGCCACUAAAGGUCCUCUCACCAGUGGCACCGUCAUCGCCAACUUUGUCCCACCCAUGGAUGCACCCCAGAACCUGACAGCUAGUGAGAUUAACCAUCGAAGUGCCCUCGUAUCCUGGCAGCCGCCCAUCGUAGACAUCGAUAACUACAUGCUGACCUACAAAGCAGCGGAUGGCAGUCGAAAGGAGCUGAUCUUAGAUGCUGAAGACACAUGGAUCCGUCUCGAGGGGCUGGGGGAGACCACCGAAUAUACUGUGAGACUGCAAGCUGCUAGAGGAAUAGAGACCAGCGCCAUUGUUUCUACAUCGUUCACAACAGGAAACCGAUUAUUUCCCACGCCACAGAACUGUGCGCAACACCUCCUGAACGGAGAGACGCUGAGCGGAAUUUACACCAUCUACAUCAACAGAGACCUCAGCCAAGGUGUGCAGGUUUACUGCGACAUGACCACCGACGGAGGCGGCUGGAUAAUGUUCCAGCGACGUCAGAACGGUUUGACUGAUUUCUCCAGGAAGUGGAGUGACUACAAGAUCGGCUUUGGCAACCUGGAGGAUGAAUUCUGGCUCGGAUUGGACAACAUUCAGAAGAUUGCAGCUCAAGGUCGUUACGAGCUCCGCAUUGACAUGAAAGAUGGCCUGGAGUCUGUAUAUGCCAACUAUGACAGGUUUUCCAUUGGAGAUUCCAAGAGCCUCUACAAACUGAGGAUAGGAGAGUAUAAUGGCACUGCAGGUGACUCUCUAAGCUACCACCAGAGCAGACCUUUCUCUACCAAGGACAAGGACAAUGAUAUCGCUGUCACCAACUGUGCAUUGUCCUACAAGGGAGCCUGGUGGUACAAAAACUGUCAUCGGGCCAACCUUAACGGCAAAUACGGAGAGUCCAGACAUAGUCAGGGUAUAAACUGGUAUCACUGGAAAGGCCAUGAGUUUUCCAUCCCUUUUGUGGAGAUGAAGAUGAGACCUUUCAACUACCGCAGCAUCAGUGGCAAACGGAGGAGGUCCACCCAUUAAUCUACCGUCCUACUAGCUGUUUCUAUUUUUAAAUAGGACGAGGAGGACAGAAGGAGUGGUGAAACUUAUGUAAAUCUUUGAAUGACAAAAUCCCUUGGACGAAUGUCUGAUGUAAAUUGUAAACCUUGAGGUUCAGUGACUUUCUUAUGCGUAAUGCUAUUUGUUCAGUUCUGGGAGAUUGAAGACUAGGUAAGCUUUGGUAUUUUUAGCAUGUGUGCAGUAUGAGGCCUGUGGAAGGAACCUCAUUAUUAAGUGAAGAAAAGAGAUAAUUUCUCCCUUUGAGAUAAAAGAUUUUAGAAGAAAAUGAAUGCCCGUUAAAAUGAGAUGCUUAUAUUUUUAUAAAUGAUGAGAAAUACCUUAGUAAAAAAAGUAACAAUGAUUUUUGGUCAGUUUUGAUUCAUGUUCAUGUGACCCAUUACAGUGUUAUAUUUUGCAUUUACUGCACCCUGAAGCCAACAAUAUUUG